GAUUUUAUCGUGUCUAUGCGCGGCAAUGUCGGCAAGUCAGUCAGCAUUGCAGUGCGUAUCGUGUCGGUAGUGCGCGGGAAAAUGUCGGCCACAGUACAAACUAGUUUGAAGGAGAAAAUCUGUAACUCUAUAGAGAUACCGAUACUGACGAGAUGCUGCUUCUGUUUCCCGUUGAGAAAGGGCCUAGUGGUCUUCGCCUAUGCGAACCUUAUCCUGACAGUGGUGGUGACUAGUUUACUGUCAAUGUACAUCUCUUACAUACGCAACAACGGCGUGACGGAUGCGUCAGAACUGCCCCGACUGAUUGCAGACACCACCGCGCUGGUGCUUGAGAUAGGAAUGUCCGUUAUAUUCAUCGUCGCCUUGCAUAUGAAACAUGUACUGCUGAUGAAAGUAUACUUGUACUUCGAGACUGUCUUCUCUGUUAUCGGCUUCGUCUACAGUGUCGCCUUCCUCACGAGAGAGACGUCAGGGGAGCUCUUCCUCAUACUCUUCCAAUUAAUGUUACAAAUUUACCUGGUCAUCUUGAUAUGGAGUUCAAUCGUAAAGAUGGAGAGAGACGGCACAGUCAAGUACACCAGAGACAGAGAUCCCGCCUAGAUAUACUUCUAGAUUACUAGAAUAAGUUUUUUUGUACAAAUGUAGUAAGAGUUUACAUAAAUAUAUAAGAUGUAAAAUAAGGUGUAAAUUGUUAUUUUAUCAACAGAAUAAAGUACUGGCAUUGUAUUGCCUUAUAAUAGCAACAAUAUGUACCAUUUUUAACAAGGAUCGAGUUAUUUUAAGGUUAGAUAGUUUAAGAAAUCCAAAAUGGGUAUGUAAAUUAAUUGAACGCCGUAAUUAUUUAAACAG